AUGACACAAAUGUCUCUAACAAAGGAAAACGUCAAUUUCCCUUUUUUCAAUAUUCGGAUAUUGCCCUUUGAUGGAACUGAAGAUUCUUAUUUGUUGCCAUCCAAGGAUGGCAAAGAUUUAACAAAAUGUUUUCUGCUACAAGUGGUAAAUAUUCUUCUGCACUACAUCGAGAAAACUUUUGAUGUUAAGAGUAAAAUAUUGGACUUUCAUCAUCCUCAUCAACUUCUUGAAGGUUUGGAUGGGUUUGACUUAAUAGCCUCUGACCAUCCUGAGUCUCUGGAGCAGGUGCUUGGUUACUGCACAGAUACCUUAAACUAUGGUGUUAAAACAGGACAUCCAUGCUAUUUUAACCAGCUUUCCAGUGGGCUAGAUGUGAUUGGACUUGCAGGGGAAUGGUUGACAGCCACUGCAAAUACCAACAUGUUUACCUAUGAAAUAGCUCCAGUAUUUACUGUCAUGGAAACAAUUCUUCUUAAGAAAAUGUGUGAAAUUAUUGGCUGGAGAGAAACAGAAGCAGAUGGAAUAUUUUCACCUGGUGGGAGUAUAUCAAACCUCUAUGGUGGAUUAGUAGCCCGUUAUAGGCAAUAUCCAGAGAUAAAAACAAAAGGCAUGACAGCGCUUCCAUGCAUUGUACUGUUUGUUUCUGAACAAAGUCGGGUCAAUAUUCAGUAAAAAAAAGCUGCAGCAAUCCUUGGUAUGGGAACUGAUAAUGUAAUUGAAGCAAAAUGUGAUGAAAGGGGAAAGAUGAUUCCAGCUGAGUUAGAGAAAAAUAUAUUACAAGCUAAAAGGAAGGGCCAAACUCCUUUUUGUGUCACUGCCACAGCUGGCAGCACAGUGUUCGGGGCCUGCGACCCACUCCACGACAUCGCAGAUAUUUGUGAGAUGCACAAACUCUGGAUGCAUGUGGAUGCAGCUUGGGGAGGUGGAUUGUUGCUGUCCAGAAACCACUCCUAUAAACUCAGUGGCAUUGAAAGGGCCAACUCUGUGACCUGGUAUCCACAUAAACUCAUGGGUAUCCCCCUUCAGUGCUCUGCUAUCCUGACUGGGGAAAAAGGAACCUAUGGCUUUGAGGCACAGAUCAACAGAUAUAUGGAACUUGCAAAAUACUUUUAUAAAGUUUUAAAGAGAAAAGAUAACUUUAAGCUAGUAUUUGAUGCAAAGCUAUUCACUCAUCACCCAGCCCAGGAGACCCACGGUGAACCCACGCUCAGGCUUCCUGAACCUCCUUCUGAACAGCAGCCUCUUCUCUGGCAUUGCCCUACGAAUGGGUCCCACUGCUUCAGCACUCGAGAGCUUCGGCUGUGUCUUCUCAGCCCAACAAGACCCGUCCACUGGGGCGCCUCAUCCUGUACUUGCAGCAGGCAAGUACUCCAGGGAGAAGGGGUGAGAGAUGAUCCACGUCGUUCCUGGUUCUCUUCUUUCAAGGAUCCUGGCCUUGCACUGCCUUUGUUUGAUGCCCGGGAACUGUUGCUUCAGAUGUUGUUGUCCAGUUGUACAGUUACCACUGGCUGGAGGGCAAGCACAGUACCAGUUACACUGUCAGGCCUGAGAGUGGACACCUGUCUUCUUUCCAGGGCGUUUUUAACAAAAUAG